GGCAUUUCUUUCGGCCAAAGAAACACGAUCAAGAAAGGUAAAACACAAGUCUAGUCCCUCAUUCCCACUAAAAUUCCUGACCUGCAUGAGCCAUUUCUUCGCGAUUUUCUUUCCCUGCCCCGACGCGUGUUAAUCAUUUGCGACGAAAAAGAAGCUCGAUCAAUCAUUCUUCCGAUUCUUACGCUCUAGUUGGUGCGUGGCCGACUAGCGUUCCCGGAACCAAUUCGUGCCCACAUCUGGGGUUCGGAACUUUUCGGACGAGCGCGAGAGACAUCAUUUUGGCCCAGUUUACCGUACCCCCUUCCGCCUCAGCUCCGGUCCUCUGCCCCGACAUCUUCCGUGAAACUGUGGAGAAGAUACAUCGGGAAUUGGAGAUCGAAACGUCUUUUCGACCGCGGCCGUCGUGAUCAUGGCCCCUGUUGAGAACAUUCAUAUACCCCCCAAUGCCCCCCCGGAAUCAGGUCCUAUCUACUCAGAUUUCUUCCAACAGCAAGUAGCAAAACAACGAAACAAUAACUAUCAUUCUACUUCGCUAAGAAACAUGGUUGCCACUUCUGUUAACCGUACUGCCCUGCACCCUGGUGGUGUUCAGCCGGGCAAGGGUCACACCGAGCUUGAGGAAGAGCUUCACGAACACGCCCACAUUGACUACGAGCGUGUCGCUAUUAUUGCCAACCCCUCGGUUGCUGCCCUCUACGAAGAUGCUCUGGUCUACGAGACCGGUACUGCUAUCACAUCGAGUGGUGCCUUGACGGCAUACUCUGGUGCUAAGACGGGUCGUUCUCCCUCAGACAAGCGUGUUGUCAAGGAGGAAUCGUCAGAGAACGACGUCUGGUGGGGUCCCGUUAACAAGCCCAUGACUCCUGAUGUCUGGCGGAUCAACCGUGAGCGUGCCGUCGACUACCUCAACACCCGCAACCGUAUCUAUGUCAUCGAUGGUUUCGCUGGCUGGGACGAGAGAUACCGCAUCAGCGUCCGUGUUGUCUGCGCCCGCGCCUACCAUGCUCUCUUCAUGCGCAACAUGCUCAUCCGCCCCUCGGCGGAGGAGCUGCAGCACUUCCACCCCGACUACGUGAUCUACAAUGCCGGAUCUUUCCCCGCCAACCGCUUCACCGAGGGUAUGACCUCUGCUACCUCGGUCGCUAUUAACUUUGCCGAGAAGGAGAUGGUUAUUCUGGGUACCGAGUACGCCGGAGAGAUGAAGAAGGGUGUCUUCACCGUCCUCUUCUACGAGAUGCCCGUCAAGCACAACGUUCUCACCCUUCACUCGUCGGCCAACGAAGGCAAGAACGGCGACGUUACCGUUUUCUUCGGUCUGUCGGGAACCGGCAAGACCACUCUGUCUGCCGACCCCAACCGUGCUCUGAUCGGUGACGAUGAGCACUGCUGGACCGACACUGGUGUCUUCAACAUCGAGGGUGGCUGCUACGCCAAGUGCAUUGGUCUCUCCGCCGAGAAGGAGCCCGAUAUCUACAACGCUAUCCGCUUCGGAUCCGUCCUUGAGAACGUCGUCUUCGACCCCAUCAGCCGUAUGGUCAACUACGACGACUCGACCCUCACUGAGAACACUCGCUGCGCCUACCCCAUUGAAUACAUCGAGAACGCCAAGAUCCCCUGUAUCUCCGACAAGCACCCCCAGAACAUCAUCCUCCUCACCUGCGACGCCCGUGGUGUGCUCCCCCCCAUCUCCAAGCUCACCACUGAGCAGACCAUGUUCCACUUCAUCUCGGGAUACACCUCCAAGAUGGCCGGUACCGAGGACGGUGUGACCGAGCCCCAGGCCACCUUCUCGUCCUGCUUCGCCCAGCCCUUCUUGGCGCUGCACCCCAUGCGCUACGCCCGCAUGCUUGCCGACAAGAUCUCGCAGCACAAGGCCAACGCCUGGCUGCUCAACACCGGAUGGGUUGGCGCUGGCGCCACGACCGGCGGCAAGCGUUGCCCUCUUAAGUACACCCGUGCCAUUCUGGACGCCAUCCACAGCGGCGAGCUGGCCAACGCGCAAUACGAGACCUACGAUGUCUUCAACCUGCACGUGCCCACGAGCUGCCCCGGCGUGCCUUCGGAGCUGCUGAAUCCCAAGAACAGCUGGACCGCGUCCACUAGCUUCAAGGACGAGGUCAACAAGCUGGCGGGUCUGUUCAACGAGAACUUCACCAAGUACUCGGAUCAAGCUACCAAGGAGGUGAUUGCCGCCGGUCCGGUGCCUCAAUAGAUGAUGAUCUGGGUUUUGGGAUUUCCUUUCUGUUCAUAAAUUGCAUGGCAUGCUUGAUUUUGAAUCUUUGGUUUUUACUUGCCUUCUGUUCCUGUACUCUGUUCCCUGGCAUUCUGAUGCAGGGAUAUCAUACCUUUUCUUUUGAUGUUCAGAAUUUCUCUUGGUUGGAUCUAAUUGGUCUCGGUCGAUAGGAGUUAUGAGUCCGAAUGGACCAUGGCAUAUACCUGUGAAUAAAAAUUGAUUUGAAGUUAUAUCAUUCCUUGUCUUGUAAUGUAGACCCUAGCCAACUUACCUUGAUCUGGAAAGCAUUGUUUGCAUAUGACCGUUCCAACUUGGGUUUUCCUCGCCUGCGAACCCAACACAUUGUUGGGGGGACAUACUUCGAAC